GCACACAAACACCAAUCAGCCGUGACACGAUUGUUGCGCAAAGUUCAACAGCAGAACUCAGCGACAGAUCACAGCAGACGUAUACAGGAGUAGAUUGUACCAUUCGGAACAAAACAGUAAUUUUAUUUCGGUGUUCUGUUAAAAUAAAGAAAGAAUGCUUGCAUGUUUUUUAAUUUUGAGUUAAACUCCGAGUUUUCUUUGUGCAGUGAUCGGCGAGCGUUUUGAGUUUGUGAAUUAUUUUGUAACGAUGCCCUAUUUUGCAUCCGUGUUAAAACCCAACGAAUACUAGAAACGAAUUGUGAAUUAAUAUUAUAUUAGCGGGCACAUUUGCUACUGGAAAUAAUAAAUCUCCCGUCUGUACUGUGGAGUUAGGAUUAGAAGGAUUCCAUUGACGGUGCAUACUUAUUCGCACGUAAUGGGCACUGUCGCGGAUGAUUUAAUACCACUAAACAAUGAAACGAUUAAAAACUCGACGUUUUUCAGUUACAUAGGUCAAUAUGUAGAUUUAGACUAUUCCAUAUGGCUGUCCCGAUUAUUAACUCCACUGCUGAUGACAUUUAUAUUGCCAUCCGUUUUUGUGCUGCUGAUAUAUUUUUCAAUUUCGUUACUUUACGUGUACAAAUUACACAGUCGAUUCAUUCGGCAAGUUUACAAUGAUGGCGACUUUGACUUCUGGGAUUUUGCUAGGACCCUGGUUGCAGUCGUCUGGGAUGCACAUGGAUGGAUCUUUCAUGGUUAUGAAGUGUGUGGUUUGGAGAAUCUUCCCGAAGAUGGUCCCGCUCUUAUCAUUUAUUACCAUGGCGCUAUUCCCAUCGAUAUGUAUUAUUUGGUGGCCCGUGUAUAUUUGAAGCGAUCUCGGUUGGUGCAUACGGUUGGAGAUCGCUUUCUAGAGAAAUUGCCCGGUUGGCCUUUUCUCGCGCGCGUUAUGAAAAUAAGCCCUGGAACUGUGCAAUCGUGUGCCACCGUUCUGAAGGAGGGUAACAUGUUGUCUAUUUCACCAGGAGGGGUCUAUGAAGCCCAGUUUGGGGAUAGUAAUUAUGAACUACUGUGGAGGCAUCGUGUUGGUUUUGCGAAAGUGGCUAUCGAAUCCAAAGCACCAAUCAUUCCGAUGUUUACGGAGAACCUUCGGGAAGGCUUCCGCUCAAUUGGAUUCGCAAAGCGAUUGUUCAUUCGUCUGUAUAAUGUGGUGCGUAUACCGGUGCGACCAGUUUAUGGGGGAUUCCCAGUGAAAUUCAGAACCCAUCUUGGAAAACCUAUUCCAUAUGAUCCGAGUUUGACACCUGAAGAGUUGCAAGAAAAGGUUGCGUAUGCUGUCGAGGAAUUGAUCAACAAAAACCAACGGAUACCUGGCAGUAUACUGCACGGACUGAUGGACCGUUUUAUAGCGAAGAAAAAGAAUGAAUGAGUGCUCGAAGCUUAGUGUAUCAUAUCUACGUAAGAAAUAGGAGCGAUUUGACAAAAUAAUUGUAACCGUACUUAGAAGUAAUUUUAAGCUGUGUAAAUGGUGUAAUGUUACUGAUGUGAUUAUUUGUUCCAAACAAGUGAAGUAAAACCAGUUCAACCAAAAUUUCUAUUGAAAUA